AUGUGGACGAAACGGGUGCGACGUGAAAUGGCCGGAUGGCUCUCAGCCAGUCGUGGUAGGCGACUGCAAUCGUCGCAGGGGGACUGGACGUGGGCGCCUGGGCCAAACCUUAGGGACGAGAGAACAGUCGCCAUGAAUCUCAGCCUGCUAGAUCCGUUUCAGAACGACUUCCCCGAAGUGAUCGAGGAGUAUCUGGACCACCGCGCCGCCAAGUGCAUCGCCUUCAACCGCCGCGGCACGCUGCUCGCAGCGGGGUGCGCGGAUGGCGUGUGCGUCAUCUGGGACUUCGACACGCGCGGAGUGGCCAAGGAGCUGCCGCUCCCCCCGCUGCUCCCCCCGCCCCUCCAUGAGACCCCCUCACCCGCCACGGCGGACUCUCCAUCCGCCACGCCCUCCGCCGUUCCCCCUCCUCCCCCGUCGCUGGUCACGAGCGUCGCAUGGUCCAAAUGCGGCCGCCUGCUGCUCGCCGCCUACACCGCCGCGGGCCCCUCCGCCCACGCGCACGCGCACUCCCCUGCGCAGCCGCAUGCUCCGCCGUCGCCCUACCGCGUGGUGCUGUGGGACGUGGCGGCGGGCUCCCCCGUGACCUCCGUGCCCCUCCCCAAGCCCGCCCUCCACGUGCGCCUGCACCCCUCCCCCUCCCCCUCCCUCGCGCUCGUCUGCCCCAUGGGCGCCCCCCCCGCCCUCCUCCACCUCCCCUCCGGAAAACUCCGACCACUCCCCACCUCCCCCAAGGCGGAUGGCGCGGGGGGCGGGGCAGGGAAAGGUGGGAGGGGCGGGGGGGGCGAGGGGGGGGCGGGGAGCCUGCCGUGGCCGGCGGUGUUUGACAAGAGCGGCAGCCUGGCGCUCGUGGGCGCGCCCUCGGGCCACAUCCUCGUCGCCUCCGUGCCCGAUGCCGCCCUCCUCGCCGCCAUCCCCGGCGUGCCCUCCCCCGCGGGCGGCAGCAGCGGCAGCACUGGAUGGGCGGCGGCGUGCAUCCGCCAGCUGGCGCUGAGUCGCGACGGGCGGUUCCUGCUGACCAACUGCACGGACCGCGUGCUGCGCGUCUUCUCCCUCGCCACCGCCGCCCUGCACGGCGCCCAGGGCAGCGGCGCUGGCGGGGAGACUAAGGUUGCGAAGCAGAACGGGGAGAGAGGCGAGAGCGCAGGUGGGGAGUCAGAGCACAGUGAGCGCGGGGGCGGGCGAGCAGGGGGCAGCAAGCAGGGCGGGGGGUGGCCGGGGGCAGUCGAGGUGGUGCCACGGGUCAAGCAGCGCGCGCUGGUGGCACUGACGUUCGUGAAGGAGUACCAGGACGCGGUGAACCGCGUGCAGUGGCGCAGCGCCUGCUUCAGCGGCGACGGCGAGUUCGUGGUGGGCGGCGUGGCGGCGCGCGGCGAGCACAAGAUCCACAUCUGGAACCGCGCCUUCGGACAGCUCGUGCGCAUCCUCGAGGGCCCCAAGGAGGCCCUGGCGGACCUGCUAUGGCACCCCACGCGCAAGGUGAUGGCGUCGCUGGCGGGCGGCGGCAGCAUCUACCUGUGGGCGCAGGACUACCGCGAGAGCUGGAGUGCGUUCGCGCCUGACUUCCGUGAGCUGGAGGAGAACGAGGAGUACGUGGAGCGCGAGGACGAGUUCGACGCCUGGCCCGACCCGGGGCUGGGCCCGCCCGCACGGCAUGGUGCGGGGGAGGAGGGAGGUGGAUCAGAGGAGGUGGACAUAGAGAGGGUAGAGCGCGUGGCGGCUUACAGUGACUCUGACGACUCCUCUGACGCCCUGCUCUUCCUCCCCACCCACCCCCUCCCCACCCUCCCUCCGCCCACUGCUGCCGCUGCCCCCGCUGAAAACGGCGCAGCGGAGGAUGCAGAGGAGGAGCAGGGGCAGGGGGGCAGGGCGCGGAACCGGGAGGGUGAGAGUGAUGGGGAGGAGAGUGGCUCGGAGGGGGAGGACGGGGAGGGGCAGGGCAGUGGCGGGGCUGGCGCUGACAGUGACUCAGGGCGGGGCAGGCGGCGGCGGCGGCUGUCAGAGAAAGCAGCAGAGCUGGUGGGGGGGGGCAGGAGGGAGGGCAAGGGGGAGAAGCGGGAGGGGCGGGGGGACAAGAGAGGGGGAGGGGGGGAGAAGAGCCAUAGAAGGGGCAAGGGUAGGGCAAAGAGGGAGAGGUAG